CUGCUCCUAGGAUUUGGGUGUAGGAAACGGAGUGAGAGAGAGCGAGAAAAUGGUGAAGUUCCUGAAGCCAAACAAGGCCGUCAUCGUCCUUCAAGGCCGCUAUGCCGGUCGCAAGGCUGUCAUCGUCAAGUCCUUCGACGACGGCACGCGGGAUCGCCCCUACGGCCACUGCUUGGUCGCCGGCAUAAAAAAGUACCCUAGCAAGGUCAUACGGAAGGACUCCGCUAAGAAAACAGCCAAAAAGUCCCGCGUGAAGUGCUUCAUCAAGCUCGUCAAUUACCAGCACCUCAUGCCCACCCGCUACACCCUCGAUGUAGAUUUGAAGGAUGUGGUUACUCUGGACGCUCUGCAGAGCAAAGACAAGAAGGUGGCUGCCUGCAAGGAGACCAAGAGUAGAUUCGAGGAGAGGUUCAAGACCGGCAAGAACAGGUGGUUCUUCACCAAGCUCAGGUUUUGAUUUCGUCGGCAGCCCUUCAUGUUUUCUCAAAAUGUUGUUUUUGAACUUAAUUUAUAGUUGCUAUUAUGGUAGAGUUUGCUGUCAUUUUGGUGUCUUGUAUGGACAGAUUCGAAGCUUUCUUUUAUGAUAUAUUUCUGGAUCUAUUGUUACUGCCACCAUAAUGCUUAUCUCGGAAUUCAAUUUGCUCUUAAAUUGUUAUUAUGAUGUUAUUAAGUUGUUUGAUUUGUUAUUUUAUCAUCUUGGUUGUGACUUGUGAUCAUUAUGUAUUGUUCAUCUUGGUUUGUAUAUUGAAUAUUAGUCUUUACUUAGUAGGAGAUUGGUGUAUCUGUUACAUGCUGAGAUUUGUGCUUUUGAGAUUGUUAUAGACUCAACAAGAUGGUUUUACUCUCAGUUUAUUGCUCUUGUUUGCAUUUCACAAAAUAAGUUUUGUACAAUAAAUAUUUUUGGCUGUU